AUGGUCGACAAGGCCACGCCUGUUGGUUUCAUGUGCGAUUUUGAAGUUUUGGAAAUUUUGAGAAGUGUUCGGAAAGCUCCUGCGCGAUCGGAAGUCCCGACUUUGGUCUCUGCUGCGGAUCAAGAAGGGAAACAGCGACUGGCAACUGUGGUUUACGAGGCUGUGAAGUUUCUCGAAAACACACCUUGUGGGAAGCAAACGGCUGAACAGGUAGAGAAGUUUAUGCUUGGAGUGAAGCCAUUUGGUCUCAAGAAACUGGAGAAGCUUCAGUUUCUCAACUUAGUUCCCCAAGCCCCAGUGGACUUGCAUUUGUUGGUGAAGGAUUGCGAGCAACGUUUCAGCGAUGAAGAGAUCCAAAAGUUAAUCGAGCUCGUUCAAGAGAGUUUCCCGGAAUGUAAAAAAGAAGAGGAAGAAGAAGAAGAGGAGGAGGAAGAGCAGAAAGCUGAAAAUACGGAAGAACCAGAGGUGGAGGACGACGAAGAUUUUCAAGAGCCGUUGCCUGACUCGGAUGAAUGCUGA